CAGAGCACAGAGCAGCAGCGACAGAGCACAGAGCAGCAGCGACAGAGCACAGAGCAGCACAUCACCAGCCUGUAGUGUGGUGUGAACUGCAGCUGAGACCAAACUGCUGCUGAGACAGCGUGGAGGCCAUCGGAUCACACACGCCUUUAUGCCUUUCACUCGCCUACCGACUUCUGCGACAUACAUUUGUUUGUUUGUUUUUGUGAGAACUUCUGAGCAGAGCCAUCUCCUUUUCCCUCUCAUUUCAGAUAAACCGGAAGCAGGAACUUCCAACAUGGCCACUCGGCCAGGUAUGUGUGGAGACUGCAAACUCGCAUACUCACAGUUAAGGGACGAUUUUCACCGCCUGGAGUCUGAAGUCCGGAAAAGGGAACAGCUGAUCGACGGAUUCGUAUCCUUAGCGGUGGCCCAGGCAAAGCAUAUCUCAUCUAUGCAAUCUCAACUGGUCUCGGACACUGCGGACACUGUUCCCUGGCUACCCGGCCCUGCGGACGGGGAGUGUAGUCGGUCCUCCGACCACGAGCUGAGAGGACCUGCUAUAGACCCGACCCAUAGCUCCAUUCUGAAACCGGCAUCCUGGACGGAGGUGGUACGCCGCGGCCUCCUGAGAAAACCAGCUGGGGAGUUUCCGUUAACCACCUCCAACCACUUCGCAGUCCUGACGGAGAAUACUCCCUCCCGGGCUUCCUCUACCCUUCACCCCUACUCGUUGGCGCAGACGGAGGUAACUCAACGGUUAGAUGCAAGGCUUAGCGAGAUAGAAGUAUGGCUCCACACCAUGGAAGCUAAGACGCUGGUGACUGCGGGCGUAGCCGGUGCGGCCCAAACAGACGUGGCUCCCGCUAGCCGUCUCCCUGCAGCCCCCGAGCAGCCGGGGGGCCGGGUGACUGCUCCCGGGAGGCUUAAACCUGGGGCGAAGCACUCGGCUCGCCAGCAGCCACUUCGCGUUACAAACGGGUCUUCCGCACCCAGCAGAGUUGAUUUCUCAGCUGAGAGACCAACUCUGGUCAUAGGCAGCUCUAUUCUGAGAAAUGUGAAGCUAGCGAAACCAGAGGCUACAGUUACAUGUAUACCCGGGGCCAGAGCAGGCGACAUUGAGUCCUAUCUGAAAGUACUGGCUAAAGAUAACCGUAAAUACAGCAAGAUUGUUAUUCAUGUCGGCGGGAAUGACACCCGACUACGGCUCUCUGAGAUCACUAAAGUUAAUGUGGAAUCUGUGUGUACAUACGCAAAAGCCAUGUCGGACUCCGUAGUUUUCUCUGACCCGCUCCCGAGUCUCACCAAUGAUGAAAUGUUUAGCCGCAUGUCAUCGUUUCACCGCUGGCUGUCAGCAAACAAUGUGGGCUUCGUAGACAACUGGGACACUUUCUGGGGAAAACCUGGUUUGCUUAUGAGGGACGGCAUUCAUCCCACUUUGGAUGGAGCAGAUCUCAUUUCUGCAAAUCUGACCCAGUUUCUGUAUGGACCUGGUCCAUGACAACCCAGAGUUCAGACCAGGAAGCAGAGUUGCAGUCUU